UGCAAGUGCAACCUCACCUGAUCAUCACAACAAGAUGGCAUCAAGUCUUCAUUUGAUUGCGGUCCUCUGUUUGACCAGUGGACUGUGGAUUGAAAAUGCGCAGUGUCAAGACUGCUGUGACCCCUGUAAGACCUGCCCUUCUGGUUGGACACAGUAUAAAGAUAACUGUUACAUGUACCACCAUGCUCCAAAGGACUGGGCUGAUGCAGAGCGUGCCUGCAUUGCCCUCGGUGGGAAUUUGGCUUCGAUUGCUAACCGAGGUGAGCACAACUUUCUCAAAGCCCUGAUCAACAGAGUGACUGACAAAAAUGGCCAAACUUGGGUUGGAGCCCAUGACACGGCAAAGGAGGGUGUGUGGAUGUGGAGUGAUGGUAGCAAGUACACAAACUUUAAUGGUCUGUGGGGUCCAGGAGAGCCCAACAACGGUGGCGGGAAGGAACACUGCAUGGAGAUGAACUACAGGGGUAAACCUAACGACAAUGCUUGCACCAUAAAGAAACCUUAUGUUUGUGGAAGGCGCCUGUGAAGAUCCCCACCAUGUCCAUGUCCUGACACAUCUGCCGUGGUGAUGUCACAUCCCCACUGAUGAUGUCACUUCUGCCAG